AUGCGUUUCUUUGCUGUAUUAUCAAUAAUUGUUGUCCUGGUGGCGGUCGUUUUUGCCAAGGAAGAAAAAACUUCAAGGAGAAUCCGAAGACAGCUGCUAGGAGGAGGUGGAUUAGGACAAGCUUUUGGUCCUGUAGCUCAAACAGCUUCAAGAGUUGUUGGUGCAGCAGGUAGACCUCUAAGUGGUCUUCAAUCUAUCCUUGGUGGAGGUGCUCCUGGCAAUCGUGGACAAAAUAGUCCAAGGAGAGUGCGAAGACAAUUGCUUGGAGGAAUAAUUGGUGGAUUUGGACAAGUUUUGUCCGCUGCUGGUCAAACAGCUUCAAAUGUUUUUGGUGGUUUGGGUGGACAAGGACAAGGUGGUCAAGGACAAGGUGGUCAAGGACAAGGAGGUCAAGGGGGUGGACAAGGAGGUCAAGGGGGUGGACAAGGAGGUCAACAACAAGGACAACAAGGAGGUCAACAACAAGGAGGUCAACAACAAGGAGGCCAAGGCCAAGGCCAAGGAGGUCAAGGACAAGGAAAUCAAGGAGGUCAAGGCGGCUUAGGUGGAUUAACAGGAGGUUUGUUUGGCCGUUAA